UUGGGUGUUGUAGUCCGGCGCCCGGGAGGGCGGGGGCGCUCCCGGCAUACCUUGCCCGGACGGGACUGGUUCCGGCGGCGGCGCUCACCGGGGCGCAGUGUAUUGGAAUCACAGAGUUCCUUGCAGCAAGAGAAAACUUGCAGCAAAAUCUUCUCAGCAACAGUUAUUGCUUCGGGCUGAGGAGUCAAUCAGAGUUGAGGGCGGGAUGUCGGAGCUGAGCGACGAGGCCAGCGAGUCGGAGCUGCUGAGCCGCAGCCUGUCCAUGUGGCACGGCGUGGGGCACGCGCAGGCCCGGGAGGAGCUGGACGUGCCCCUGGACCUGCACACCGCCUCCUCCGUCGGGCAGUACCAGGUGGUGCAGGACUGCAUCCAGCGUGGAGACCUGGAUUUGAACCAGAGGAACUGUGGGGGCUGGACCCCACUCAUGUACGCUUCCUACAUUGGCCACGACAACAUCGUGCACCUGCUGCUGGAAGCGGGAGUGAACGUGAACAUCCCCACCCCCGAAGGACAGACUCCCCUCAUGCUGGCCUCCAGCUGUGGCAACGAGAGUGUUGCUUACUUCCUUCUACAGCAAGGGGCAGAGCUGGAGAUGAAGGACAUCCAUGGCUGGACUGCCUUGUUCCACUGCACCAGCGCCGGGCACCAGCAGAUGGUCAAGUUCUUACUGGAGAAUGGGGCAAAUGCCAACUGCAAGGAGCCAGUGUAUGGAUACACACCUCUGAUGGAAGCAGCUGCUUCUGGCCAUGAGAUAAUUGUGCAGUACCUUCUCAAUCAUGGAGUGAAGGCAGAUGUCAGAGAUAACACUGGAGCCACAGCACGGACCCUGGCCAUGAAGUAUGGCCACACCAAGAUUGUGGGGCUGAUAGAUUUGCAUGCAGCCCCAGUGCCCAAGGUCUUCUGCAGAGGUCCAGGUAACUAUGAGGAGCUGAGUUCUUCAGAUGAAUCAUGUUCUGCUCCCCAGAGACAGAGACCUGCUCGAAGGACCAAGGGUCCCAGCAUCCACGAGGGGCCCCAGGCCUUGGCCAAGAUCACAGCAGUUGGGAUUGGGGGAAGGAAGCAGUCUUGCUAUGAGCAGGUGCCCCCUCAGGGCUAUGUCACCUUCAGCAGCGAUGGCAGCUGUGAGUCAGGUGUCAUCCGCAACAGGGACGUCACCUCCCCGAUCAACGAGCUGGACGUGGAGAGCAGCAGCAGCAGGGAGGAUAGUGCUUUGUCCAGCAACAGCUUGGGAACUGUCAGGAGCAGCAGCAGCAGCAGUGAAUGCCUAAUUAGAGUCCCAGGAGUCAGCAGUGAAGGUUCCUUGGAAAGCAAUGAGGACUCUGAUCACACCAGCAGCCCCCCAAGUCGGAAACAAGCCAAGAGCUUCAAGGGCAAGGCCCGCUACAGCAACAGUGACAGCCAGUGGAGCCACUGCCUGGGGAAGGCUGGGGGCUGCAGCCAGCACCUGGCCCUUCCUGAGCCCCCCGCCUACACAGGGCCCCAGGACCUGGCAACAUUCCUUGAUGAGAUUGGGUGCCUGAAGUACCUUCAGGUGUUUGAGGAGCAAGACGUGGACCUCCGGAUCUUCCUGACCCUCACAGAGAGUGACCUGAAGGAAAUCGGCAUCACGCUGUUUGGCCCCAAGAGGAAGAUGACCUCGGCCAUCGCGCGCUGGCACAGCAGCGCCCGCCCGCCCAGCGACGCGCUGGAGUUGGCCUACGCCGACCGGCUGGAGGCAGAGAUGCAGGAACUGGCCAUCCAGCUGCACAAGAGGUGUGAAGAGGUGCAGGUGAUGAAGGGCCAGGUGUGCCAGGAGCAGAAGCUGCGUGCAGUGGCUGAGAGCUGUUUGAUGGAGCGGGAUGAGACCUGGAAUGCCAUCCAGGGCCAGCUCAGAGAGGCCCAGGCCAUCACCAAGGAUGCUGGAGUCCUGCUGGAUCAGAUCAAGAGCUGCCAGGCAGAGCUGUCGUCCCGGCUGGCCCCGGAGCGCGCGGGCGACGGAGCGCGGGAGCAGCGCGGCACCGGGGAGAGCCGGCGGCCCGGGGAGCGCCCAGUGCUGGAAGGGUGGCCACCUUCCCUGAAGUCCCUGAGCUUGCCUGAGCUGUCAGCUGUGCUGGAGGAGUGUGUGGGAGAGAUGGGAAAAGCUCUGCAGACUGUGACUCAAAACCUCCAAAGGCUCCAAGCCCUGGGGCAGAGUGGGCAGAGCCGGCCAAAGCCAUAGCCAAGCCAGGAGGGAAUACCGACGUCGGGUGACUGUUCCACCCGGAAGCUGAGUGUGCCUGGGACAGGGAGCACGGGCCGUGCCGGCAGCACCGCGGCUCUGCCGGGGGCCACCGCAGCUGGCGGGGCACGGAGGAGGCCGUGGCCACCAGAAAACACAGCUGGGAGGACGAGGGACAGCAGAGGACAACAACCAGCAGCUCCUGGGGCCUGGCUCGAGGCUCCUAGGAUCUUUGUUUCAAUGGUUUAGGUUUGGAGGAGGAGCUCCAAGCCUGGAAGUUUUGUCUGCCUUAAGCUUCCUGCAGCCCUUGUUGUUCAGGUCAGGGUGGUGGUAGAAAGGUGACAGUUGCACACAGCAAUCAAUUCAUUAUCCUUUUCUGCAUCCCAAGCUCCCCAGGACCUCUGAAAUGUGUCCCUGGCUCUUCCUAUGCCAUGAGGCUUGGCCCAGAGAAUGGAUCUGAGGCAAUUAAAAAGGCAGGUUGUUGUGGAGGGGUGAAGGGAGUGGAGUUUGUGAUGUUUGGCUCUUUGAGCUGCAAUGGAGUUCAAAGUGCAGCCCUGUUCCUAGUUGGAAUGUCUGCUCCACUGCCACCCCAGAUCUGGGUUCCAAAGCCCGUUCCUCCAGCCAGCCCACUCUGUUCACUUUGGGUUCCUGCUGUCCUCAGGGGCUGGGUGUGAUCACGUUGCUGAUUUAGGAAUGGCAUUCACUGAAACACUCCCAACUCACCCGCUCCCCCUCCUGCCCUGGGCUGGGGUGGAGAGGAGAACUGCAGGCACAAAAGGUGAAGAUCACUGGUAGAAAUAAAAGCAUUUUACUGCAAACAGCAAUGAGAUAAGGAACAGUAAUAACGAAAUGUACAGGAGAGGUCCUGGUCCUGCAAAAACGAACCCUGUCCUGGCCAGAAGCAGGACAUCACUGUUACUCCAUCCCCAAGAAUGUGGCCUGUGGUCAGUGCUUUAUGGCAGAGGUCAUUGGCCUGGUUUGCCAGGGCCAAGAUCCCAGCAAGGCAGAUGUUCCCCUGGAAAGACAGGGGAGAGAAGGAAGAGCUGGGACUGUUGAGCUUCCCAUGGCUCUGGCAAACAGGGGAAUGCCAAGGCAGCAGAGCAGGAACAGGGUGCCCACCAUGGGAGGUGGGCAAAGGAGCCACAGCUUAGAUGGAGCUGUGCUGCCAAGCUUUUCUCCUUGCCACUGCCUGCCUUUGAUGUGCAGGCUUUGGUGUUGGGAAAUAGUUCUGCCAGGGCAUUCUUGGGUGGGCAUUGCCAAGGACAGGCACUGCAGGAACAGGCUGCCCUGUCCCUGGGACUGGCUGAGGGGUCUGGUGCCAGGGACCUUGGUGUAAAGUGGUUUCCAGUGACUCUGUGUUCCCAUUUAUUCCUGAAUCCUGUAAGGGGGAAAAACACUACAGUCACAAUCUGAAGUCUAUGAGUGAUGGCCUUGGUGAAUCAGGACAAGCCCCUUUGGGAAAACGAUGGAACUGUGUGUUCCUUCUGGGUUUUGGACCAUGGACACAUCCCAAAUAUAAAACCCCAUCCAGCUCCAUUUUUUCAGCUAGUCACCCCUUCUUAUGAGCUGCCUGAGUCCCUUUAGGCAGGGGCACAAAUGGUCUGUGUUUCCUGGAGCCAGCCCCUGUCCCAAAGCAGGCAGGUCCCUCUCAGCUGUGCUGCUGUGUGCCUGGCAGUGUCCCCCUCUGGGUGCUGCUCCCUGCCCGUGGUUGCCUCCCACCCUCAGCACCAGGCACUCUGUUUUCAUCUUGAGUAAAUCUGUGGAGCACGUGGGCACCCAGUGCCAGCUGCAGGAGGAGGCUGCAGGAGCUUCACCCUGAGGAGUUUGGAUGAGGUGGAGGAAAUUCUCCUCCUGCAGCAUCCCAGGAAACUCCUCAGAGGGCUGAGGCUGUGCUGGGAGGUGUUCAGGGCUGUGUCCCCUGUUCCUGUCACUGGAGGAAGGGGGGAGUGCCAAGGUCUCGCCGUAGCCUUGGUGGUGCCUCUGGCUGCAGUAAUAUGGGGUUGUUAGUGCUGUUUCCCUUGAAUUUAAGGCAAAUCCCCCCCAAAAAAUCCUAAGGGAAAGGGUCUGGGGGCACCUGGAUAGCCAAGGAAGCCCUGGCUCAGCAGUGCCCUUAGAACAGGGUCUGUGCAGAACAGUGGCUGGAAGGGGACUACAGGGAUUUGGGGCUGGCUUUGCUAAGUCUGAGGCUGGAAUAAAGGGAGACUGGGGAGAUUAACACGAUCUAUCCAAUAGAUUAGAGUGUUGGGAAAAGGAAGGAGAUGUGGCAGUGUGUGUGUGUGUGAAGGAAAAAGGCCCCAAACAGGUGCUGCAGGAGAGCCCAGGUGUGAGAGCACACAAGGGAGCAGCAGGGAGGGCAUCUCCUACAACAGGGUAACCCCCAGGAGGCAAUCCCUUAACUGCAGGCUGUGAAGCAGCAUUCCUUGGAGCCAGGGUGGCUGUGCAGGCAGCAGGAGUCUGGUGCUACCCUAAGGUGAGCUGUCCGAGGAAAAAUAGCAUUUGCUGAUUUGGAUAAAUUAAUAAAAGUUGAGAAGCCUGUGUGUGGCCUGUGGGUUUCUCUGGAGGGAGCUGGGGCAUCUUGAAUAAGUUCCUGAUUUCUUGCAGGACAGUCAGGAAUGCACACAGGGUUUUCCCUGCUCUGCCAGGAGCUUGCAGGCUCAGGGGAGUGGGAGUGCCUCAUCCCUGGCAUCCCAGCACUGCCUCCGUGGGGGAUGUGGGAAUCCAGUGGCAGCUGCUGGGGAGAGUCCAGAGGAAGCCAUGGAGGUACUGCAAUCCAGGGGCUGGAAACAGAGAGAGCUGGCUCCUCUCUUCACCUGAGAAGAGAUAGAUCCAGGGAAACCUCAGAGCCCCUUCCAGAGCCUAAAGGGGCGCCAGGAGAGCUGGAGAGGAACUGGGGACAAGG